AUGUCGGCCCUCUCAGAGGCGUCCACGCCGGCCCAGGACGCGGGCCCUCCGUCGAUCGACACCCAGCAGCUCCAGCAGCACAAUCACCAGCUGGCCGGCGACCUCCAACAGCAACAGGCCGCCUUGGCCGGCCAGGCCGACGGCCGCAAGCCCAAGGCGCCGUCCGUACGCAGGGCCUGCACCGCUUGCCACGCCGGCAAAACCAGGUGCAGCGAGGCCCUCCCCUGCCAGAGCUGCCUCAAGCGCGGCCUCGGGGCCUCAUGCACCUACCCAGAUCCCGACACAGAUCCCCACCAACAGAACCAGGCGCAACCCCGUACGUUCUGCUCUCCCUUUCUGCGGCCCCUGUUCCCCGGGCUUAUCCUACCCCCCGCCGUCCCCGGGCUCCAGCACCCGCCGUACUACGACUACAGCAACACCUUCGCCGCCCCCGCCAACACCAGCACGGCGCCCAGCACCAACGCAAACCCCAGCGCCUCCACCUCCACCUUCCGGCCGACGAAGCGACCACGCCCUCUCACCGAGGAAGAAACCGCCGCCAUCACCCGCAACUUCACCCGCGGUGACUUCUUUGUCGGCUCGAGUGCCCCCGUCCGCAUCGACCCCCGGCUUCCUGUCCGCCUCACUCUCGCCGAGGGCGAUCAGGUCCAUUUCUCCAUCGGUGAGGCAGUAGUAUAG